AUGAGCUCAUUGUCCUUGGCUGCGACGGAGUGCAACUCCACCUUCAUCGCCCUGCCAACCGCAAGAGCAAAAGGCUUCCCGAAGGCGGUAACGACGGUCCUGAGGGACACCCAGGUCGAGCUGCCCGGGCGUCUUCCCGGAGUGGACAUCCACAUCCUGGACAUAGCCAGCAUGGCCGCCUGCGACGGUGCCUGCGACAUGCUCCUCCUGGUCGAGUGCAUCCCACAUGAGCAGCACGAGUGCGAAUGGGAUGCCCGCUACAACAAGGGCCUGAACAACACGGGGCGCUACAACAAGGGCAACGCGAACCUUGGGAAUGAGAACUUUGGCAACUACAAUAAUGGAACCAAGAAUGUGGGCAACAACAACCAUGGCGACAACCUGUUCUGCCACAACUUGGUUCAGGGGGAAGGCGCGUGCGUCCUGGAGAUGCUGAGGACACCUCAAACGCUGCGGCUGAAGUCCGAUGCAAACCCGCCCGCCCCAGCGAGCCCACCCCCUCCUCCGGCACCGGUGCUGGCCCCAGGGCAACUCGCGCCUCCUCCGCCCUCAGGGCAGAUUGUCAUCGACGGAGCGUACUGCUACGACAUCGGCGACGAGCGGUCCAGGUGCCAGGUGUUCCUCACUACGGUGCUGCUGCUGAAGAACAUCUGGGUGACCUUCCAGGAGGAUCUCCGACCAGACAUGUCCCUCAAAUGCAUCCCGGCUGGUCUCCACGCAAGGUGCGAGGCCACUCUCCCAGCAGACUACGGCAGGGGGACGGUCACCGCCAUGGGACGCACGCUGUCCAAUCAGAUCAUCUGGGCAGACGGUGCCGUAAGAAUCAAUCCUGUCCCUGCUCCCCAACUUUCUGCCUAG